AUGGCUGAGGAGAUUCGCAGAUCCGGCAGAGCCACCAAGGGCCAGCAUACCAAAGACCGCGACCUUCCCGAGACGCCCGUUCCCUCCAAACGCAAGACCGCCACCAAGAAAAGCGCGAAGAAAGAGGCCGAACCCGAGCCCGAGGACAAUGGCGACGCCGACGCCAUCAUCCGCUGCAUAUGCGGCUCCGACGACGACGACGAGGGCGGCAGGAUGAUGAUCUGCUGCGACAAUUGCGAUGCCUGGCAGCACAACGAUUGCAUGGGCCUGACCGAGGAUCCCAAGAAGCAGCCCGAUAGCUACCUGUGCGAGCAGUGCAACCCGGAUGGCCAUCAGGAGACAUUGCAGGCGCUCAAGGAAGGAAUCAAGAUCUGGGAGGUCAGACUGGAAGAGAAGAAGAAUAAGUCUAAGAAGGGCAAGAAGAGCAGCAGGAAGUCGCGCCAGAGCGAAAUCCGCGCAGCUGCCGGAGGAGAUAUUGCCAGCCCGAAGCAGCAGUCCAGUCCUGCGCCUGUGCCACCGCAGAAGCCCGAGGCCGAAGAGACUGGUGCCAAUGGCAACGCUGAGGUUAAGAGCCCUACGGAAGCCACACCCUCUGUAAAGAGACGGUCCGAAGCCAGCGAAGAUCCUAUUCCUAAGCGCCGCAAGAGCACGCAGCAGAAGAAAUCUGACGAGCCCGUCCCGGUCACGCCUACGCAGCCCGGAAGCAUGGAGGAACUCCCCGAAGACCGCAAAAAGGUGGCAAGCAAAUUGCGGAUCGACUUCGUCAGGCUCAUCAAGGAAGCUUCAAAACAAGACUUCAAAAUCCCUGAUGGAGAGACACCGGACUCUUUAGGCACGCGUCUUGCCAUGGACGUCGAAGCUGCAAUGUUGAAACAUUACCCGGCGGGACCCACUGCAUAUGCCCAACAGUUUAGAAACAUCAUUGCCAACCUCCCCCGUAACCACCCUCUUCUAAUCCAGCUGCUUCAUGGCUCCGUUUCCCCCGAGCAACUCGCUACUAUGUCUGCCGAAGACAUGGCAAACGAUGAGCAGAAGCGGCAAGACACCAUUUUGAAGGAGCAAGCCGAAAAGCAAUCCAUUCUGGUGAAUGAGGGAGGCCCGACCCGCAUCCGUAAGACGCACAAAGGCGAAGAGUUCAUCGAGGAUGGCAACGAGCCGUCAGCAGCUGAGGAGCCAACGUAUGCACCUCCGGUUCGCCGCGAGAGCCAAGCCGAUAAAGAAAUGCGUUCUCCCACAUCGAGAGGAGGCAGCCCCAUGCAAGGUGUAGAGUUGCCCGAAGGCGUCGGAGAAGGCCAGCGUCCGCUUCACGUCGAUACAGGACCUCGCAGACAAUCGACGACAAACUUUGAUGUCAACUCCGUCUGGGCCAAGGUUCAGAGCCCGAAUGAAAGUACCGCACGGAAGCUCUCGCAACAGCAUCGACGCCGCCAGAGCUCACUCCAACAGACUCAGCCUUCAGUGAACCAGGAGGAUCCAGACGUAGAUCGUCUUUUGAAGGACGAUGAUGAUGAGGGUCAGUCCUUCCCGAUGGACGAGACUAUCAAGUGGAGAGGAGAAAUCUUCAUGCCCAACCAGGGCGUAUUCAAGGUUGUUGGACGAUUUUCCGGAGGUGGCGAUGUGGGCCAGCUCAUGCCAUAUGACCAACUUAUUCCUCGUCCUACAGAAGUCAACGGCCGUAUUGAUAUGGCUAAGACGGAAGAAUACAUCCAAGGCAUGCGGGGCAGUAUUUACCACGAUGUCGCUAUCCUUGCCCUUACCCCCGAAGAUCAGGAAAGCAAGACGACAUACGACAAUGUCUUCAACUACUUUUACCCGAAGAGCAGGUGGGGCGUCAUCGGUGGUUCGAGGCACGACAAGGUCCGCGAUGUCUACCUCAUCCCUAUUCCUGCUGGGACUAGCACGCUCCCUCCAUGCAUCGAGAUGCUCAAUAAUCUUACACUCGAGGUCCCCCGUCCGGAUAACACGUUGUUGCUCAUGCUGGUUGUGAAGACCAGCGAGCCGAACUCUGCCCAAGGAACGCCCCUACAGGUAGACGCAGGCGCGGGCUUCAAUGCAAACAACGGCAUGGGCAUGAGCAUCAGCCAAGUAACUCCAGCAGCCACUCCCACCGCUCCAGCUCCCCCGGCCGCCUUCCCGCCACAAAUGCACGGUGCAUACCAGCAACACCCCCAGCAACCACCCCACGGUCCAUCUCCCGUAAACCACAUGCCCGGUUACGGGGGCCCUCCACAGUACCAGCCGCCGCCUGCAGGCUACUCCCCUCACGUCUCCCCGCCGCAGUCCCAACCCCCGCAGCCUUACCCGCCUCAAAUGGGCCAGCAGAGCCCGCUGCAAAUCUCGGGUCAUCUGCAAGAGAUGGCCACGCGUAUCCUCGGCCCGUUCAUCGAAGCACCCGUCGUCAAGACGAUGCUGCAGUACUCGGGCGAUGCAAUGAAGGAGGACUCGCUGGUGGGAUUGAAGCACGUGCUCGAAGCGGUGCCGGCUGCAAGGGAUAACUUUCAGGUCCUGAUGCAGGAGCUGAACAGGCCCAAGGACCAGAACUGA